GUUGUUGGGUUCUUUAACCCUUUCCCCUUCCCAGUUCCCACGCCACCAGGAGGAGACGACAUGGCUGUGCACGGCAAGCCCAAGCCCCAUGCCCCUCCGCCACCGCCACCGCCGCCUCCGCUGCAUCCGGAGGCCAAGAAGAGCUUCCUGCGUCGCUUGUUCCCCUUCCUCCUGGCUGCCAACAUCUUUGUCGGAGCUUAUCUACUUGUGAGGACCUACCAGGGCUCGGGAAAGAAAGAUACCGAGAGUGAUCCUACUUCUGCUUCGUCCGCCUCAUCUCCUGCAGCUGCUGACAAGCCUGCAGAACCAAUUGCUGCACCCAUAAAAGUGCUCCCGCCAAUCCCCGAAGACGAUCAGCGCCAGCUGUACAAAUGGAUGCUGGAGGAGAAGCGGAAGAUCAAGCCACGCGACGCUGCAGAGAAGAAGAAGAUUGAUGAGGAGAAGGCCCUUCUCAAAGAGUUCAUACGAGCAGGAUCCCUGCCAAGCUUAUAAUAAGCUCCCCAAUUUAACUGUUAUUUGGAUCUGUGGUGCCUCUUGUUGUUUGAUGCCUGGCCUGGCUGGGAAUGGUGAGUACCAUGUUGUAAUCAGAUGUCCAAAUAAUAGUAGUGGAAAGACCGUGUUGAGCUUGAGCUCUUGGAUUAGGUUUGCGUUCAUAGGACAUGUUGGUACCAAGAUGCCGGAUUAUGGGAGGCAUGGAAGAUGAAGUAUGAAACUAUUAGUGUUGAUUUGGGCUCUUCAGCUGUUGGAGCUGUGUAUGUUUCAGCAGCUAUAAAUCUUUUAUGUUUGUGGUUUCUCAUUUCUCACAGAUUGAAGCCUUGUCACAUUACAAAUAUACUUAAGUGUAGUUGUAGGCUCAGCUCCUUGUUGACUUGAAAUGGUGCCAUCGUCAAUCUAUCCAUUAUAUCAUGGAGUACUUU